CCAUUCAGUAUUUGCUGUCUGUUGUGCUUUCUACAAAAGUAGCCGAGUUGAGAAGUCCCCGUGCCAGAAGUCUAAAGUGUUUCCUAUCUGUCCUUUUACAGAAAGUAUUUGCUGACCUCCUGUCCUGGAACAACAUCUGGACUUACAUACAGUACAUGAGUACAAGCAAGUUGCUAUAUAGUGACUAGAAUUGAAGCUCACAUGCUGAAAGGAGAGGAAGCAUCCUGGACACUUUGUCACUUGUUUAACAGAAGAAUCUCGUAAACUCUUUGGAAGCUGUGGUCAAGGGAAUAAAACAGAUUUUCUGUUGUUAGAUGAAAUUUACCUCCCAGACUUAUUGUGCAAAUUGAGGUAACCGGAGCGUGAAUAGCGUCGUAGACUUGCUCAGUAAAUGUUCAUUGCCUCCUACUGGUAAGAGCUGUGAAGAUGUCUGACAAAAAACGUAUCAUUGCCAAGGCUUCCCUGAUUGAGCAGCUGGUGGCUAAAAGGUAUUUUGAGGAUAUUGGCAAACAUCUGACUGAACUUGAAAUGAUAUAUGUGUCUAAGGAACAUCUCCAGGAAACAGAGUUAGUCAGGGCUGUAUAUAGAGUCCUCAAAAACUGCCCCUCCAGGGCUUUGAAAAGGAAGGCCAAGUGUCUGCUGGCAAAGUGGAGAACUUUCUAUAAGAGUACACACCUCAAAACAAAGGAAAGCCUUAAAUUACUCCCUUCUAAUGUUAAUGAAGAAAAACAUGCAGCAGUUUCUCAGGAGGUGAGCCAAGAUGGGGCAUCAGGUUUUAGCUAUGAUGAGAUAGCAGGUCUCUGCAGUUCUCUCUCUAGGCUGGCAUCUCAAGAUGCUGAAAAAAAGCACGCUGCAGCAGUUGAGUCUGAAAGUAGCACCACUCAAAUGGAAAUUAAUGAAGAAUAUUUGGGGGAUGUUGACCCUGAAUCUACUAGCAAGAGCUCAAGUGUGUUGCAAGAUCCCCUAGUGUCUCUUAGAUCUAAAUGCGUAGAGCUUCUUUACACAGCGUUAGCUAGUUUUUCCACAAAUGACAUGAAAACUCAUUUGUGGCAGAGAUUUGCAAGAGAAAUUGAAGAGCACAUUUUUACCCUUUAUUCAAGCAACAUCAAAAAAUACAAAACUUGUAUUCGAAGCAAAGUUGCCAAUUUGCACAACCCCAGGAACUCUCAUUUACAACAAAGCCUGCUGUCUGGAACCAUGUCUACAAGAGAAUUUGCUGAAAUGACUGUCCUGGACAUGGCAAAUGAGGAACUGAAGCAGUUGAGAGCUUUCUACACAGAAGCCAGUAUUCAGGAACAUCACCUUCCCCACACAGUUGACGGCACACAGACAGAUAAAAUAAAGUGCAAGCGCUGUGAGAAAUACAACUGCAAGGUCACUGUAAUUGCCAGAGGAACACUUUUCCUUCCAGUUUGGGUGCAGAAUUCAAACCCAGAUGAACAAAUGACCUAUGUCAUUUGUAAUGAAUGUGGGGAACAGUGGUACCAUAACAACUGGGUGUGCUUGUAAUUUGUAUAUAAUCCCUUCAGGGUCAUAUGUUUUACAUGUAUAACAUGACCCUUUUGUGCUCAUUUUUUAUAGAAUCUUACCAUUAUUUUUUUUGUCUGGGAUUUUGGUUUGUGAAAGAGCUCACUAUGUAGCCAAAGCUGGCCUCGGUCUCUUGAGUGCUGGAAUUUUAAGUGUAUGCUGUCACACCUGGCUGGGUAUACUGUUCUACUCCAGUUCUCGGAACAAGGAACCAGAGUUGUUUGCCAAAGUUAAGGUCAUUGUUGCUAAAAGUUGUUUUGGAAGAGUAGAAAACUAUCACUCUGUACUUUGUGGCCAUUUAUAGAGUGGCAAUGUAACACCACAUGGCUUAAGAACAUGUUAGAGGGACAGACUCUGACCCUAUACUCCUUUGAAUCCUGAUCUGCAUCUUGGCAGAAUCCCCAGAUCAUCCUUUGAGAUACCUUGAGAAGCAUUGAUAUAGCUACAGGCCUGUGGCUCUCAGGAGUGACUAUACAUUGGAGUUUACUGGAGAGCAUUAAAAGUAUACAGGUGCCAAGGGUCAAGCCUAGAAUAAUUCAGUCUGAACCUAUGGCGUGGGACCCAGGCAUCAACAUUGCUCUGGUUAUUUCUCUGUUUAAGUUGCAGUUAGAGUUGAGAACUACAUGUAAAUAGUCUCAUUUGAACCUUUCUAUAGUUCUGAAGAAAUGAAUGUUAUUCUGGAGAUAUUACAGAUGAGGAAAGAGGCCCACAGAGCCUCAGUGACUUAACCAGGUUACAUAACUAUAGGUAGUCUGCCUCAUAUUUUUCAGCUUCCUUAUGACGCAAGUGUGAUGGCUGUAAUCCAAAUGCUAGGGAGGAUGAGGCAGGAGGAUUUAAAUGAGUUCAGGGGCAGUUUAGAUUUUAAAGUCCCUGUCUCAAAAAAUAUUAAAAAGGCACUGUGGUGAUUCAAGUUUGUAAUCUUAGCACUGCGAAUGCUAAGGCAGAAACCCGUGGUUGAAGCCAGCCUAGGGUUAUGUAGAGAAACACUGUCAAAACUAAAGUAUUCACAGUCUGAGAAUGACUUGAUACUGACUUUACAAAAAGUCUACUCCUGGAAAUGGGCACUAAGCAAAUAGUGUUUGGAGCCUCUAAGUUUACAUGAUUAGAGUUUUAUUCUUUUGUCCUUAAUUUUCUCAUUUUUACAUGUCUCUCUUAACCUAUGAAAAGUUGCACUGUAAGUUAGAAUCUGACUUAGAGCUUGCUUUUGCACUUAAAUGAGCUGUGCAUUAUUUUUUUCUUUGUGUGAGCUCUUCAUAAAGUCUUUAUGAUAACUAGUUUCUUGAUGUUAGGAAUCUUCAUGUCUUCAAAGUCAUGUGUGUUAAAAUCCUGCUUAUAUGAAAAUGGCACUAGUUGUCAGAGGAAGUUCACUCCCUCAACCUUUGAAUUUAUCAACAUUUAUUUACCUACUAACUGAAGAGGAAAUCAUUCCUCUAAGGCCUUUCUAGCCGGGCGGUGGUGGCGCACGCCUUUAAUCCCAGCACUCGGGAGGCAGAGG